GGCUGCUCUAGCCACUUCAGCUCUCACUCUUUGGUUUCCUGCCCUGUUCCGGCGUCUCUGAGAGGUCUGAAUCCUACAGACAUUGUCUGCACGUGGAGAAGCGCGUGGAUCCCGCAACCUUGCGCUCCCCAGCCCCAUGUUCGAGGAGCCGGAGUGGGCCGAGGAGGCCUCUGUAGUCGCGGACCUCGGGUCUGUAGCCUUAGGGCUUCGGCCCACGGCAGCCUCUCAAAUCAAGGGCUCCAACCGCCGCCAGCUCUUGGCCACAUUACGGGCCCUGGAAGUAGCAUCUGUUCCCCAGCAGUCCCCUAGCCUGCCUGGCAGUGACUCUGAGGAGGAGGAGGAGGUCGUGGAAACAAAGAAGAAACGCCUGAAAAGGGGCUUGUUUGCUGGUGCGUCUAGUGAAGUAGAGGAGAAAAGGAAGAAGAAACGUCACAAACAGGGCCCACCUAGCAGUGACUCCAAGGAAGAGGAAGUGGAAAGGAAGAAGUGCCACAAAGGGGCUCUUCUUGGCAGUGACUUGGCUGAAGAAGAGAAAAAAAAGAGGAAAUGCCAGAAACAGAUCCCUUCAAAUCUUGCCCAGCCCCUGGACAGUGUUGACCAAACAGGUUCUAAAGCUUGGAAUUCUAGUGCUACAAGUGAUCCCACCAAGCCAACCUGUGAGACCCCUUCCUCUAAUCCUCCCCAUACCUUGAGUCGCAAGCAAUGGCGGAACCGGCAGAAGAACAAGCGUAGACAGAAGAACAAGUUUCGGCCAUCUCAGCCACCAGAGCAGGCCCCAGCUCCAGCUCCAGCCUCUGCAGAGGAGGCAGAGGUGCCUUCUGCCCCCAGUCCAAACAACCAUGGAGCCCGGGCAGAGGCUCUUCGAGCCCGCAUGGCCCAGCGUCUGGAUGGUGCCCGGUUCCGCUACCUCAAUGAACAGCUGUACUCAGGGCCCAGCAGUGCUGCGCAGCGCCUCUUCCAGGAAGACCCUGAGGCCUUUCUCCUCUACCACCGUGGCUUCCAGAACCAAGUCAAGAAGUGGCCACUGCAGCCGGUAGACCGCAUCGCCAGGGAUCUUCGCCAGCGGCCUGCGUCCCUGGUGGUAGCUGACUUUGGCUGUGGGGACUGCCGCCUGGCUUCAAGUAUCCGGAACCGUGUACACUGCUUUGACUUGGCCUCUCUGGACCCCCGGGUCACUGUGUGUGACAUGGCCCAGGUGCCUCUGGAGGAUGAAUCUAUAGAUGUGGCUGUGUUCUGCCUUUCACUGAUGGGAACCAACAUCAGAGACUUCCUGGAGGAGGCAAAUCGAGUGCUGAAGCCAGGGGGUCUCCUGAAAGUGGCUGAGGUCAGCAGCCGCUUUGAAGAUGUUCGGACUUUUCUGGGGGCUGUCACCAAACUGGGCUUCAAGGUCAUCUCCAAGGAUCUGACCAACAGCCACUUCUUCUUGUUUGACUUUGAAAAGACCGGGCCCCCUCGGGUAGGGCCCAAGACACAGCUCUCAGGCCUGAAGCUUCAGCCUUGUCUCUACAAGCGCAGGUGACCUUUGGAGCCCCCCUUGAACGGGGAGGCAAAUCUUGAACUCCAAACUCAGUACUCUGAAGACUGUAUCCAGCCAGACUGUGACCCGGGGCCUGGUACCACCCUUACUCCAUCUCAAAAACAAAAUGUAAUGAGACUUUUGGUUCAACCCUGAUGUGAUGAAGGCUUCUUGGUUCUAGGAAGCAUAAAGUCGUUAGGGCUGGCUACAGAGUAUGGAGUUCAUUGUGAGAACCCAGGAGUAUGUGGGAAUUACGGAUCCCCUCAGUGUCAUGGAAACUACAUGGUUUGGAAUUCAAGGCAUCUCUGGGUUUGGUGUCUGUUUCCAUCUCUCAGAAGCCAUAUGAGCUUUUUGUCCGAGCAUCUCCACUCUCUGUUCUGAUUUUCCUGUCUGUACAGCAGAUCCCUCUGCUCACCCAAAGCUUCUGCAGCUUUGGUCUGCUCAGGCCUUUAAGGCCGCAGGCAGGCAUUGCUUCUUGGCUCUAGGGCAGCUUGGCUCUAGAGCAAGUGCAGCAGCCCUCACAUCAGCAGAGGCAACUUGGCCGUAGUCCACCAACAUCAUCUGGACGUCUCGGUCAAGAUGGUUUGAUUGUCCCUGUACUGAGUAUUUUUUUCCCCGAUUGUCAUCUCCAUCUUUGGAGCUGAAUGGCCCUAACCCUCCUAGCAUCUGUUGUUCUGUUGGGCCCUGGUGUUUGUCUGGCUGAGAGCACAGAUAUUGGAAUCAGGUUGGCCUGUCAUUGACUGCCAAGAGCCUUUUACUCUUUGAAUGUCUUGCUACUCGUUUGGUAAAUGAUAGAAUUACUGACUCAUAGGAUUGUUGUAUGGGUUAAUGAGGAAAUCUGUAGCCAAGGCUGGGCACAUAGGAGGUGCUCAGUAACUGUUGCUGUGGCUGUUGUGUGUUGCAAACCUUACUGUUUCUAAAGACCUUCCCUAAGCAGGAUUAGGGGUUGAAGAGUAAAGGAUGAAUUUGUUGAUUGAGGAAGACUCUGGGAGAGCUCAAGAUAAGCCUUUCAACAGCCUUAUUUUAUAAGAUUUUUAGAGAUUCUUAAUAGAUUGUGAGCAGUUCUUUGAGUGGGGGUGAUGUGGGAGCUGGGUCUCCAUAAAUCACAACUGAUUGAUGCCAUUUGGGGUGGGGAUUGGCAGAAGAGUGUGUCUGUUGUUUCUGCCUUGCAGUGGGCCUAGAUCAGCAUAUACUAGGCCAAACUAUGGGCAGAGAAGACUAGUUCUGGGAGAAGAUGACUGGGAUGGCAAGUCCUUGGCCUCUUCCAAAAGGCAUCUGCCGUGGGCCCAGGUAUAAAGAUACUGUCUGUUCUACCUAUUUCUAAGGGCUCCCCUACUGGCUCAGACGGUAAAGACUUAUUUCCAAGAACAAGACCUGAGAGGAACCACUGGCACACAGGUUCCAGGACUCUGCACCAGUUGAGUGCCUCCAGUAAGGAGGUGUUUUGAGGCAGGUUGUGCAGGCCAGAGGGCAUGUUUAGAGGCUGGGCUGUGAACCAUCCAGCAGACACUGUUCAGUACCUCUGCACAUGCUUCUCACUGCCGAAUACUCAUCUGACUAGCAGAGUCUUACUCAUCCUUCCAGAUAGCCUAGUUGUUUCCUACUCUAUUACUCCCAAAGCAGAACUAAUUUCUCCAUCUGCAUUCUCAAAGCACUACAGGAAGAGGCCAACUGCAACAUUUAAAUACUGUGUGGCGAUUGUUUUGUGCAUUAGGCUGCAGUCUUCUCAGCUCAGAUUUAUCUUUGUACUUCCAGAGCUGGUCACUUGAGAUCCAUCUAAGGAGGUGAUAAAGAUGACAGGGUUUGUGGAGCAGUGAGAAGCAGGGGUGUUGCAGGAACCCAGGUUUGGCCAGAUGAUGAGGUCACUAGUGAUGGUGCAAGGAGUGGGCAGGUGGGAGAACUUCAGCUGGGAGGACUGGUGGGGCAUUGAGGCUUGGUGAGAGAAAGGAAUUCUGAAGCAGAUCUUGGGUUUCUGGCUUAAGCGACUGGUUGCGCUGGUGACGCCAUUCAAAAUGUUGGGAUUUUGGUACCUAGAUGAUCAUUUGGAAGCGGGACAUAAACUCAGCAGCCAGGGGAGGUAAUUCAAGUCAUCGUAAUAGAUAAGAUAUCCAGAGUAAGAUAACGAGAAGAGAAAAUGGCUUGGAAGAGAACUCUGAGGAGCAUUUAAUGGAUAAGUAAAGGAAAACGAACCAGUAAAGGUGACAAGAGAAGGUGGGGCCAGAGAUGGAGUAAAACCAGGAGAGUGGAUUUCUUAAUGUGAAAGGAAUGGGAAGGUUUUAGGCUGUUGGAUGCUCUUGAAAGGUCUGUUAAAAUGAGAGAAAAGUCAGAUUGUGGCAGGGAGAGGAUUUCUGCUUAAUGUUGAGGGGUUUGAAUUUAUAGUGGUAUUAUUCAUGAAUGUAUAGUUACACCAGUUGGCCCAAUGGUGUGGUUAUCUGUGCCUGCUCAGGAAUCUAGGUGUAACUGUAGGAAAAAUGAGUACUAAGGGAUCAUCCAGAGUUGAAACCUUACCACACAAUUGAAAUGAAAUUGACCAAAGGAGUUUCAGACCAUUCACAAAUUAGUGAUGUCUAUGCUGGGCCGUGGAACUUUGUAGAACAACUGAGUGGAGUGAAGACAGGAGUAGGUAGUUUCACUGAGGGUAAUUAAAAAAGUAACCUGGGAAGAUGGGAGGCUGUGGUCAGAAACUGGAAUGUCUAAAUAGUUCAUACUGGAAGCAGAGCAGACCCAGGCAGUGGCCAAGUUUAAGAGUGUAGUUAUAGGAGUGAGUGCCUGAGAGGAGUGCAUGGGAGGUUGCCUGGAGAUUGAUUAUUGCAUGGGGGCUCAGAUAUUGGCAGUGGGUCUGCAUGGACUUUGAAGUUCUCCAGGAUGAUGACAGAAGUUAGCAUGGAACAGUGCCAAUUUCUUGAAGAAGGGGACAGAUUCAGGAAAUCUGCAGACAGAGUAGGAGAGGCCGGAUAGCACAAAUUCAGAAGGACAGAGGGUCACACAGCCUACUAGAGAGACUUCUGUUUGGGGGAUGAUGUGAGGCUGGUGAGUGCCAGGCAGCCAAGACAAUACCCUGACAGUCGUCUCCAACUUACCGGGAUCCUCUGGGGAUUAUAGGGGCAACUGUUGCGGCAGCUUCAUGGGGUGGGAACCUCUUGGGAUCAUGGGGAGGCACGCUGUCAAGUCUAAGGACAUCUGCCUCAUUAUAGAACAUACAUCACCUUUUUACAGUGUCAUGGCCCUGUUUCCUCCCAGGUGUUACGUAUAUUCCUAGAUCUUGAUUAGUUUUUCCUGUUUUGUUAUCAUGCUCAACAGGACAGCUGGGGUCUGCCUUCCUCCCUCUCUUGCUUUCCUUCCCUUACUUAAAAUUUGGAUUCUUUCUUUGCCUGUUCUGGCUCCAGCCACCUGAAUAAAAAUCUUUCUGGGUCUGACUCAGGCCCCCGACUCCCCCUAUCUCAGGCCAGCCUCCACCUGCUUUUCCAUCAAUUCUGAAAGCAGGACUUCUGAGUCUGGGUCAUCGCUGCUCCAUUAUCAGCUUCAGGACCAUCUCUCGUUCAAGCCUGGGCUUCAGUGUCUGAUAUUGAGAGCCUAGACUGAAGAAAGAACUGUGUAUACUCCCUUAAGAAGAAGCAGCAUACCGGCUGUUUAAGGAACAAUGAGAUCAGUUUAAGGUACAAUUUGAGAAUAGGAUGAAGGAGUGGCAGUCAUAGUAAGAGGUAAAUGAGAGUGGGAAAGAGUCUAACUGGAGACUCCACUGGGAGCAUUCAGGAAGCUUGAGGUCUUUAUUCCUAAAGCCAAGAAAUGGUACACCUGGAGUCUGACUCCUAGCCUGGAAAUGCAGAGGACAAGCAGAGGCUCACUUUCAGUGGUGGAGCCCGGGGCGUGCUGCUGCUUUUGCAUUGGUCUGUGUUCCUAGAAUUUGCUGAGGUGAACCAUGCAGGAGUGUAUCCUGUGCACCUUGUAGCAGGGGAAGCAUCAGGUGGUCUAGAGUGCUGUCCAGUAGGACCAUUGAAGAGGUAAGGAAGCACAGAGAAGUUAGGAGUGUGCCAUCUGGACUAAGGAGGGAAUUAUAGGAUACCACCCAGAAUAAAGCUGCACCCACCAGGGUAAAGGGGACUGUAGAAAAAGGACAGCAAGAUGGCCCCUUUAAAUCUGUGAGGCCCAUGGGACCCAGAAAUAUCCAACUGGGCAAAAACUGUCUUAUCCCCUUCCUUCUCUGCAGUUGGGCCCAGAGCAGUCAGCAGCUAUUAGGUGCAGAGGAGGUGAGAAGAGCAGAGAGCCUAGAGAUCACCCCCCCCCCCCCCCACCCUUCUCCAGUGCAGGCUUCUUAAAUUUAGUGGGACAGAGCUGAGAGGUGAAAACAGCUAAAGCCAGAAGAGGUACAGAUUAUUUAUUGUUACAUAGGAUUAGAUGUUGUAAUCACUUGAGAUUGGGUUUGUAUCUUAUACUGAUCCUAAGAAUCUGUGAACUGAGAAUAAGCCGUAAGUCACAGGCUUGCCACAGCUUUUCUCUGAAUGAAAAAAGGUCGGAGGGGUGGUGGGAGACAAGAAUAAAGUUGGGUUUGGAUAGCAGUCUGUGCUCAUGCUUCCUCAGCAUGCGUUUCAGAGGUUGACUACCCCUGCAGGCACUGUUGUGCUCCAGCUUUUGUUCUUGUAACACAGUCCUAAGGGAACACAGUCCCCAAAGAAACAACAUGAUCUUGGCGGAGACACAGCCCAGCUCCAGUCACUCAACCACUUACAUAAUUGCACAAAGCCCUUUACAGGUUUUCACAGAGACCUCUAGGUUGUGCUCCAUCCCCAGUGGCUUCCCAGCCUGGCCAGCUGGUUCUGACUACUACAGGCACCACAUUACCAGUCCAGUUGCUUCCACUCCUGUUCCCAGAGCAAUUCAUUUGCCACACGGCCAAGUGAGCCUUUUUAGAAUGUAAGUCAGAUAUGUCACUUCUCUGCGUAAACUCUUCAAUGGAUUCUCACUGCUCUGAGAACGAAAAGCAGACUCCUUUCCAGGGCCUACGUGAUCUUGUUCAGGCCUCCCUCUCCAACUGCAUCUUAAUCCACUCCUUCCACAUGAAAAACUCAAGCUGCACAGGCUUUCUUUUCAUUCCUCAAGCGUUCCAAGCCAUUUCUACUUCUGGUUCUUUAUAAUUGCCACUUCGUCUUCCCAGGGCACUUUUCCCUGGUGAAUUCAUUUUCAUCUUCCAGAUCUUCACACUAGCAUCACGUUUUCUGUAAAAAACAGGCUAGAUCUCACCAGAAUGUCCUUUUCCUGGACACAUAGUUAAAUUACAUUUCCCAGCUCCUUGCCUCAAGGUGAGGCUAUGUGCAUAGUCCUUCCGGUGGAAGGUAAAUAGAAGUGAUAUUUCACUACCAGACAGGGCAGUUAAAGAGUGGAUGAACCUUCUCUGUAUUCUCCACCCCUUCAUCUGCCUUUCAGGGUGACCUUAAUGCAGGUGUUUUGAAGAUGGAGUCAGAGAAUAGACCUCUGGAUGUUUGAGCCCCGGCUUAGAGGAAAAUUGCUUGACCAAGAACAUCCACAUUGGUUUUUACAAAGAAUAUCCUCUUUUGCAUUAAUUUAGUGAGUUUGGGGACUGUUACAGUCGUUAGCAUUAUAUGCCCUGGCUAAUAUAUCUUCUCUGGACAUCCUGUCCACCUCAGUAUUGAUCACAAAACAAGGAAACCCGUGUUUCCUUCAGGGUGCUUCAGACAUUUAAUUAUUUUACCAGAUGCCAGUUUACAGUAUCCCUUGUCCUGUUAAUAGGAUUGGGGAAAAAAAUGCUCACUUGAGGAAAUUGAGAGAAUGAUUUUAUCAGUUACAUUUUAAUUGUGAGCUCCCUCCCCCCCCACUCCCCACCAAAAAAAAUCCUCCUAAAGAAUAUCUCAAGUUAGAUUUUUCAUCUCAUAAGACUAGAAACCUGAUGGUUGUUGGCAUUGGCUCAGGAAUUCAAGGAUCUUAGCAGUUAGGUCUGUGUGGUUCUCUUGGUCUCUUGAUUCUCAUGGUCACAAGAGACACCUUGUGAUUUGAUUAAUCAGAAACACCCUACUUAGCCUUCUCAGGAGCCUCACAGAUUGCCACAGCCCCUGUCUUUUUGGUCUUACUUCAAGGGUCCUUCUACAUUGUUAAUACUCUGGUGUAAAUAUGUUCCAUUAUUCCCUAGAACAUGACUGAGAUCAGUCUGAAACGCUAACAUUUUAAAUACAUUUGCCUUCCCCACCCCUUCCCACAUCUCAGUGACUUGUCAGCAACUCCUCCAGUUCAAAGCUGUUCUCCCUCUAGCUCAGUGGGGGUGGGGAAACUCACGGUUCUGUUUACUUCACUCAUUCUUUACCUCCUCUGUCACUUCUAGGAUUGGGAUGGGGAAGGGUAUAUUAGAGGCAAAAAGGCUAAACUUUUGGUUUAGUUUGGCUUUAUCAGUGUGUUCUACUAAGACAAGCAUUUAAAUGUUGGUUCAGUGUGUGAGGUGUUGGGGUUCUUUGGAGCCACCCCCUGCCCCCUGGGGGCUUUUGCACUAACUGGCUCUGGUUCCCUCCCUAAGAUACUCAUCCCACAUCCCUCAGCUUCUGACCCUGACAGUGUAUCCAUAGCCUCCUAGUGCUAAAGAACCUCACCCUGGCCGGGAGCCCUCCUGAGAGAGGUCUUAGCAAACAUCUUAAGAGCGAUUACCUUUCUGGGAGCCCCCAGGAAGCUCCCACAUGUUUGUCCAGCCAAAGGGCAGAAGUGCAGCCCAACUAGCAUCUGACUCCUCUCCCCUCACCCUGCCGCAGCUAGCCUGACUCUGACCUCUCCAUUCUCUCUGGCUCCAGACCCUUAUAAGUGUCUUGGGUUACUUUCUCCCAACAAGUCUCCACCCCAGUGGCCUUGUUGGAACUGGGGCUGUACGUUUCUGAGUGCAGCAAGCCUCCCGCUAGAGAAUGUGAUGCUGAAUGAAUAUAAGGUCUCUCCCUGUCAUGGGAAUACAAAAUGACUACAAGUGGUCCUCUUAGAGCCCUCCUCACCUGAUUGAGGAUAGAGGGAACAGCCCUACUUCUUCGCCUUUCAGGGGGACGUUCUCUCUAUUCCUCCACAUUCCCAUCAAUCAAGCUGGUAUUUCUAACUUCAUGUACGGUAGGAGGGUUAGUGAGCUCUGGAUCAGCUUUAUUAUCUAAGAGUAAAUCCUAUGUUGGGCUUCCCCAGUGGCUCUUCAUCCACCUGCAAUGCAGGAGAUGUGGCAGGAGCUGCGGGUUUGAUUCCUGGGUCAGGAUCCCCUGGAGAAGGAAAUGGCAACCCACUCUAGUAUUCUUGCUUGGAGCCGGGCAGGCUACAGUCCAUGGGGUCGCAAAGAGUCAGACAUGACUUAGUGACUGAACAACAUAUCCUAUAUAGAUAUAUCUAGGGCCUUUAUUUAAUAUCCUCUUAUUGUGCCAGUAUUUUUAAAAAAUAUUUAUUUAUUUGGUUGCCUCGGGACUUAGUUGUGGUGUAGGGAUCUUUCGUUCCGGCUUCUCUCUAGUUGUGGCUUGCGAGCUUAGUUGCCCUGCAGCAUGUGGGAUCUUAGUUCCCCCACCAGCAUUGAACCCAUGUUCCUUGCAUUGGACGGCAGAUUCUUAACCACUGGACCACCAGGGAAGCCCUUGCACAAGCAUUUUUAUAAAAUGUGAAUUGUUCUUUGUGUGCUUAACUUACGGAGUACUGUCAACAAAUUUUGUCUUAUUUCUUACUUUUUUCCUUCACUCAACUAUAUUUUUAAUAUCUAUCUGUUUAUCAGGGCUCAGUCAGGAGAAUAGAAACCACACUAAAUGUUUCAAAUAGAGGACAUUUAAUGCAGAGAAUUGAUUCCUAGUGACAAAAGCCAAGUCAAAAGAAAAUGCUUGAUGUAAUUAAAAAUUGAGAACUGGAGAAAUCAGAUACUGUCCAAAGGCCUGGGAAAACCAAGCGGAAGAAGCAAUGUGAUUAAUAGAAACCAGGAGCUCAGAGAAGCGGCCGCUUUUGACUGGUCAAUACUCAGACUUUGGUGGGGGAGGCUCCCUCCACACAAGCUGGCCUUGAGGACGGGGGCACACGGUCUGACUCUUCUCUGGCUGUCACGCCAGAAACUGAUCUGCUGCUGGUAUCUCAGAAGUGUAGCGAAGCUGCUGCGAAGUGCAGAAGAAGCUGGUAGCCAGAGCCAACUGUCUGCGGCUGAAGUCUGUAACAGCAGCUGGAAAACAGGAAUGAAGACCCUCCCCGCUGUGUUUCACUUUCAGUUUCCCUUUAUGACAUCUCUUUGGCAGAACCUAAUGGAACCACCUGGCAGUGCAUUCUGGGAAAUGCAGUUUGCAGAGUCACAGCUGCAGCAACACAACUCCAGAGUGUGUAUGUAGGGGUUGAGAGGGAGGUGUGUUGCAGAGGGAGAUACAGAGAGUGCAGGAGCCAAAAGAAAAUAGAUCAAUAACCAGAGCAUUCCAUGUAUUAAUAGCUGCUCAUACAUCUAGAUUGUUGUUUCUGUCAGCUCUGAAGUUUUUCCUAAUAAGCAUCCACCAUAGUGAGCUUAUCCAUUCUCCUGGUUGCCUCAAAUUCUUUGCCAUCUGGAUAAAUUAAAACCCUUGCAGUUUAGGGUUCUGAGUACAAAAUGAGUUCCCCCAGUUAUAUGCACUCUGAGAUUUGGGAGGUUAGUGUCAUGUUCCUGCUGCUUGGCUGUUGCCAGAGGCAGGUUUAGAUGUUGGGCUUUCUGCAGCAGCAUUUGCACUGAAGCCAAGGACAAAAGGAUGCAUACUGUGGUGGCUAAAAUUCAGUAUAGAACUGGAGGUUCAAUAGGUAAAAUAAAUCUACUUUGUACAAGUUUGGCUUUGAUGGUUAAGAGGGAAAAUUAUUGGAAGGAUAUCAUAAGUUACUCAGAGAACUAAUGGAAAGUCCAGGGAGUGAGGCUUAGAGACAGGAGCCAGGGGAGGAUGAACAGCUGCAAAAACUAAGGUCAGCUUUAGAGUCAUCAUGGUUAGGAUGGCAUUGCUGGCACCGUUGCUACUUGACUUUUUUCCUCACUCUUGUCAGUACAUAGAGUGAUGCUGAGAAUUGCAUUUCCCUCUAAGUUCAUGGCAUUGUUAGGAUUGGUUCAUGAAAGGCCCCUCUCCUAUUCUUUGUUAUUUUGUUUGUUUCCUUUAUUCCCGAUUCAUACUUCAGUUUCUCUUAUAGCUUCACAACAUAUUUGUUGUGUUCGCCUGGACACCUGUGUAUCCUUGGCAAAAUAGAUGGUGGUUUUGGUAUAUGUGUGUUUUGGCAGAGACUGCCAGCUGAUCCUCACACCCAUUUUCUUCUUUGUGGGAAAUCAGCUGGACUCUUUCCCAGCUUCCCUUACUCUUAAGUGCGAUCAAGUGGAAGAUAGUAGAACUAAGGUGUGCUAUUCCUACGACCUGGGUCCUUAAAUUUUCCUAUGCACGGUCCCCCAUGUUAUUUCCAAUUUGGCCUUGGAGCAUACGACCUUGAAAGCUACACCUUGAAAGAGCCAGAAGAUGGAAGGAGCCUGAACACCACUUAGAGGAGAGCCACCCACCAAUUAGGAGUAUCUGUUCUGGAUGUCUCGUGAGUGAGAAAUAAAUUUCCAUCUUUUUCAGCCAGUGACUAGUGAUCUUUCUUUAAAAUCCCUUUUAAUCGAACACAUUAGAAAAGUAAAUAAAACAGGGCCCUAAAGAAAAGUAAACAAAAAUGUUAAGCCUAAUGGUUUAUCACAGGCCAGUGCCCAGGUAGGCACCACCUAGACAGAGAAACGAAGUGCUGACAACACCCAGAAGCCUCUUUUAUGUCACCUCCCAAACCGGAGCAGCUUUCUCUCAACAUUACAGAAUUGCCACCAUCCUGACUUCCAGAACACUGAUUUCCUUGCUUUUCUUUAUAGUCUUACAGUUGAGCUGUUUAAUUGCUCA